AUGCCUAAAUGUUUAUUUUUUCUACUUAUCUACGAUUACUUUUAUUCACCCUGUUAUUUCCGUGGUUUUUAUGCCUCCCCUCUCUCUCUCUCUCUCUCUCUCUCUCUCUCUCUCUCUCUCUCUCUCUCUCUCUCUCUCUCUCUCUCUCUCUCUCUAUCUCUCUCCGUCUUUAAUAUGCCUAAAAAUCUUUCUUUGACUCAUUUGUUUGUUUCAGGGGAACCUACAAAAAGAAAACAACGAGAGUCCUGCAACAACGUGCCCCAACGGGUGCAUCAAUAUGCUCAACGGGUGGAGCAGGUUGAUGUAUUUGACAGAUGUAUAUUUCCUGAGUUGAGCAUAGCAAAAUGUGUGAUAUACUUUACGUUGCCCCCUCAUUUGUCUUUCUGUUUUCCUACAUCAAUCUCUCUCUCUCUCUCUCUCUCUCUCUCUCUCUCUCUCUCUCUCUCUUUCUCUCCCCAUUAG